GGCUGCCGGGGGCGGUGCGCGGGAAGGGAACCCCCGGCCGCCUAGAGCAGCGGGAGAGAUCCGGAGGGGACCGUUGAGCUGGGGUUCGCCCCCGAGCCCGCCGCCUGCCCCAUCCCGGUCACUGGGGGCAGCAUGAAGUGUCUGGUCACGGGCAGCAAUGUGAAGGUGCUCGGCAAGGCCGUCCACUCCCUGUCCCGCAUCGGGGACGAACUCUACCUGGAGCCCCUGGAAGACGGGCUCUCCCUCCGGACCGUGAACUCCUCCCGCUCGGCCUACGCCUGCUUCCUCUUUGCCCCCCUCUUCUUCCAGCAGUACCAGGCGGCCACCCCUGGUCAGGACCAGCUGCGCUGUAAGAUCCUGAUGAAGUCCUUCCUGUCUGUCUUCCGCUCGCUGGCAAUGCUGGAAAAGACUGUGGAGAAAUGCUGCAUUUCCCUGAAUGACAGGAGCAGCCGCCUGGUAGUUCAGCUGCACUGCAAAUAUGGGGUGAGGAAGACUCACAACCUGUCCUUCCAGGACUGCGAGUCCCUGCAGGCCGUCUUCGACCCAGCCUUGUGUCCCCAUGUGCUCCGUGCCCCAGCCAGGGUCCUGGUGGAGGCUGUUCUGCCUUUCCCCCCCGCGCUGGCUGAAGUGACGCUGGGCAUCGGCCGUGGGCGUAGGGUCAUCCUGCGUAGCUACCAAGAGGAGGAGGCAGACAGCGCUGUCAAAGCCAUGGUGACGGAGAUGAGCAUCGGAGAGGAGGAUUUCCAGCAGUUGCAGGCCCAGGAAGGGGUGGCCAUCACUUUCUGCCUCAAGGAAUUCCGGGUGAGGUUCCUGCCGCGCACUCACCGCCCCGUCCACCCCUCCUGUCUGCCCUGCCUCCAUGCUCUGCUUCUCCCUUCCCAGGGGCUCCUGAGCUUCGCAGAGUCAGCCAACUUGUCCCUCAGCAUUCACUUCGAUGCCCCGGGCAGGCCAGCCAUCUUUGCCAUCGAGGACUCUCUGCUGGACGGCCACUUUGUCCUGGCCACACUCUUGGAGCCGGACUCGCACCCCCAGACCCUGCGUGCCCAAGAGGAGCUCCAGCGACCAGAGCCCCGGCUUCAGGCUCACAGCACGCCCCACCUAGACCUGGAUGACUUUGCUGUCGACGACAUGGACUCUUACAUGAUCGCCAUGGAAACCACUGUGGGCAGCGAGGGCUCCCGGGCACUGCCCUCCAUCUCCCUUUCACCUGGCCUCCAGCGCCCCUGUAGCUCCAGCCCCCACUCAGACGAGGAAGAGGAUGACAUGGAGCCCAGCACAGUGCCUGGGACUCCCCCGCCUAAGAAGUUCCGCUCGCUGUUCUUUGGCUCCAUCCUGACCCCUGCACACUCUCCUCAGGGCCCCAGCCCUGUGCUGGCUGAAGACAGUGAGGGCGAAGGCUGAGCCGGAGAAGUCCGUGCUUGAGGACUGGGCCAGAUGAAGCCCCGCCCCACCCCACCCCACCCCUCUCCCAAGGCCAGCCAGGGCAGGUCUGCUCUCCUCCUUGGUGGGUGGUAGAGGUGCGCCCUGCUGGAGCUGAGCUGACUGGUCCUGCCACCUCCCCCAGGGCCUCGCCUGGCCUGGGUCUUGUUGUUUCCCUUCAACCCCCAAUCAUUCAUUCAACCCUCAAUCGAUCAUGUCUCUUCCCAGUCUUGGUGCUGAGCUGCCCUCUGCAGGGAGUUCCCUCACCUCUUAAUCCAACCCUGUGGCCAGAACUGGGGGACUGCCUUCUCUAAGCCCACCUCCCUAAGAAAAAAAAAUCAUUGUGGGGCUUUUGCCCCUGCUGAUCCACCUUCUGCCAAUCAUGACUUGCCCCUCCCUCAAAUCCUGAGCGCACCACUGGGAUCUCCUGUAACUGGCACACACUGUUUUGCUUGCUUUCCCCGAACUCUUUGGCCCUGGCUUGGAAGUUCCAAGGGCCCCUGUGGGCCGGAGCAUAUGGCUGGGGUUUUCCUGGCUGGGGCCCCAAGCCCAGCAAGCCUCCCAAGCGGCUCUGGGUGGAAGGGUUGCCAGGCCCAGUGUUUGGGACAAGGGAGACAGAGGCUAUGGCAAGAAUCCAGCUUUGACCUUUAUUCAAGAGACCAGAUGGGUUGCCCCAGGAUCUGGCUGCCAGCCCUGAGCCCAAGCAAGGCUGGAGAUCCCGUCUGGCCCUGCUUUGCCCUGAGCUGCAGCCUCAGCCCCAGGAUCCUGCCUGCAGCCGCUGCAGGUACAAGCGGGAAGAGCCCUGGGGGAGUGGAUGCUGCUACUGAUUCAUAAAAAAA